AUGGGCCUGGGAAAACGGGAAAAGCGGAUGAGGGGCAACGCUGUGGCAGGAUGUGCCAGCCAAUUGGCUAUCGAAUGCCCGGCGGAGGCGCAGGCGCAUGCGCAGAUGUCCUGCGCCGUGGAAGGCGCAAGGUUCACAGCGUUUGGCGAUCGAUUAGCGCGCGCUGCCCUUUUACAUAAUCGUAGCGAAAAGAAGUCCGCGCGCUUUCGUGUGCCGUUGGGUGACUUGGGUGACUUGGGUGAUCAUCCCAUCCGAAAAAGGGAACAGGAUCCGAAAGGAGCGAACGUGGCGUCCAACGAGGCCAGCACCAGCGCCGCGGGCAGUGGCCCGGAGUCCGCCGCCCUGUUCUCCAAGUUGCGUAGCUUCUCCAUUGGCAGCGGGCCCAACUCGCCGCAGCGCGUCGUCUCCAAUCUCCGAGGAUUCCUCACCCAUCGCCUCAGCAACAUCACACCGAGCGACACAGGAUGGAAAGACUCGAUUCUGUCGAUACCCAAGAAAUGGCUGUCAACGGCCGAGUCUGUGGACGAGUUUGGAUUCCCUGACACUCUACCCAAGGUGCCCGUUCCAGCACUGGAUGAAACGAUGGCCGACUACAUCCGCGCCCUGGAACCGAUUACCACGCCGGCGCAGCUCGAGCGGACCAAGGAGCUGAUCAGGCAGUUCUCGGCUCCCCAGGGAAUCGGAGUACGACUGCAUCAGUAUCUGCUGGACAAACGCGAGGCGGAGGAUAACUGGGCCUAUUACUACUGGCUCAACGAGAUGUACAUGGACAUUCGCAUCCCUUUGCCGAUCAACUCGAAUCCGGGCAUGGUGUUCCCGCCGCGCCGCUUCAAGACCGUCCACGACGUGGCCCACUUCGCCGCCCGCCUGCUGGACGGCAUCCUGAGCCACCGCGAGAUGCUGGACAGUGGGGAGCUGCCGCUGGAGAGGGCCGCCUCCCGGGAGAAGAAUCAGCCGCUGUGCAUGGCGCAGUACUACCGCCUGCUGGGCUCCUGUCGUCGGCCUGGUGUUAAGCAGGACUCGCAGUUCCUGCCGUCGCGGGAGCGACUGAACGACGAGGAUCGCCAUGUGGUGGUAAUCUGCCGCAACCAAAUGUACUGCGUCGUGCUGCAGGCCAGCGAUCGUGGGAAGUUGUCCGAGAGUGAGAUCGCCUCGCAGAUCCUUUAUGUCCUCAGUGAUGCUCCCUGUCUGCCUGCUAAGCCGGCGCCGGUGGGUCUCCUGACCGCCGAGCCAAGGAGCACCUGGGCUCGGGACCGGGAAAUGCUUCAGGAGGACGAGCGCAAUCAACGCAAUCUGGAGCUCAUUGAGACAGCCCAGGUGGUGCUGUGCCUGGACGAACCGCUGGCUGGGAACUUUAAUGCCCGCGGCUUUACGGGUGCCACGCCCACUGUUCACCAGGCGGGCGAUCGAGACGAGACGAACAUGGCCCACGAGAUGAUCCACGGCGGAGGCAGCGAGUACAACUCCGGAAAUCGCUGGUUCGACAAGACCAUGCAGCUCAUUAUUUGCACCGAUGGCACUUGGGGCCUGUGCUAUGAGCACUCCUGUUCCGAGGGCAUUGCUGUCGUCCAGCUGCUGGAGAAGAUCUACAAGAAAAUCGAGGAGCACCCGGACGAGGAUAACGGUCUACCGCAACAUCACUUGCCACCGCCGGAGCGUCUGGAGUGGCAUGUGGGUCCGCAACUGCAAAUGCGGUUUGUCCAAGCCUCCAAAAGUGUGGACAAAUGCAUCGAUGAUCUGGACUUCUACGUGUACCGCUACCAGAGCUACGGAAAGACCUUUAUCAAGUCGUGCCAGGUCAGUCCGGAUGUGUACAUCCAGCUGGCCCUGCAACUGGCCCAUUACAAGCUGUAUGGACGACUGGUGGCCACUUACGAGAGUGCGUCCACUCGACGAUUUCUACACGGUCGCGUGGACUGCAUCAGAGCGGCCAGCACGGAGGCAUUGGAGUGGGCCAAAGCCAUGUGCCAGGGUGAGGGUGCAAACGUGCCCCUGGAGAGCGAUCGCGAUGAUGAGGAGGAGUCACGCAAGGUCAAGUUUAGCAUUUACAGUAAGGAUCAUCUCCGUGAGCUGUUCCGGUGCGCCGUCGCCCGCCAGACUGAGGUGAUGGUGAAGAACAUCCUGGGCAAUGGCAUCGACAUACCGCUGCUGGGUCUGCGAGAGGCCAGUAUAGAGGUCACCGGCGAGAUGCACGAGCUGUUUAGAGACGAGUCCUACAACAUCUCGCAGUGCUUCCUGCUUUCCACCAGUCAGGUGGCCUGCUCUACGGACAGCUUCAUGGGAUACGGACCGGUGACGCCACGUGGCUAUGGCUGCUCCUACAAUCCACAUCCGGAGCAGAUCGUCUUCUGCGUCUCGGCCUUCUACUCCUGUGAGGAUACGAGCGCCUCCCGCUACGCCAAGUCGCUGCAGGACUCGCUGGACAUAAUGCGGGAUCUACUACAAAACUAGACGGACCUGGCCAGGAUACAAGAUCUGGCCACCAAAAACAUAUCAGUAAAUGUACCUAAGCAGGUUAGCGAACGAAACUAAGUAAGUGUAACUAGCGACCACCCGGGCGUUUCAUUUGUGACCAAGCACCACCAAGCGAGCCACCCAACGAGGGGUGGGCAUCUGAAGAAUAAGAAGGAUAACGAUAACGAAAUCGGAAUCGAAAACUAAUGUCAAUCACUAUCACGUUGAGACAAAAAAAAAAAAAAAA